AUGAUUGAAUGGAUGGUGAAGUCAACAUCUAGCAUGGAGGAGCUCUUGGGGAAUUGGCUCUCAAGGGCAGUUAUGGAAAUCCAAAGUGUCCUCUUGUUCGAGUGCCUUAAUGAAAGCGACCAUUGGUUUAAGGCAGUAGUGACUCGACUUCUAUCUUUCAUCACAGUUAAAGAAAAUGCCUUUGUUGCGGCGGUUUUGGGCCUCAGCUUGUGUAAAGCGGCAAGAUGGGGUGGAUGUGGUUAG